GUGGCCUCCCUCGGUGUGACCACCUUCACGCUGUGCGCCCUGUGCAUCGACCGUUUCCGCGCGGCCACCAACGUCCAGAUGUACUACGAGAUGAUCGAGAACUGCACCUCCACCACGGCUAAACUAGCAGUCAUCUGGAUCGGCGCUCUGCUGUUGGCCCUGCCGGAGCUCCUCAUCCGACAGCUGGUGACCGAGGACACGGGAAAUCCUGACGAGCCUCCUGUUGAACGUUGCAUCAUCAGGAUAUCCACCUCGCUCCCCGACAUGCUCUACAUUCUGGGUUUGACCUACGAGGGCGCCAGGCUUUGGUGGUGCUUCGGCUGCUACUUCUGCCUCCCCACCCUCUUCACUAUCGGCUGCUCUUUGGUGACGGCGCGUAAGAUCCGUCGGGCGGAGCAAGCCAGCGUGCGCAGCAACAAGAAGCAGAUCCGUCUGGAGAGCCAGAUGAACUGCACCGUCGUGGCGCUGGCGAUCGUGUACGGAGCGUGCGUGGUGCCGGAGAACAUCUGCAACAUAGUGUCCGCGUACAUGGCGGCCGGUGUUCCUGAACACACCAUGUCCGUCCUCCAUCUUCUGUCCCAGCUGCUGCUCUUCUGUCGGGCCGCCGUGACCCCGGCGCUGCUGCUUCUCCUGUGCCGUCCGCUAGGAAGAGCUUUCCUGGACUGCUGCUGCUGCUGCUGCUGUAACCACGCGCCCUCCUCGGCAACCGGCAGCGACGACAACGAACACGAGUGCACCACCGAGCUGGAGCUGUCUCCGUUCAGCACCAUCCGCAGGGAGCUGAGUAACUACACCCCUGCAGGCUCCCACUGCUAAACUGACGUUCCUCAUCAGGGAUGGAGACGUCGCUAGCCUGCUAUUAGCCUUCAGCUAGCGUUUCUCGGACUCGGCUAGGAGAGAUAUGCCUUAGCUAGUCUAGUCACAUUUUUAAAUGGGUGCAUGAAUAAAGUGGGACACUGAAUAAUCACAUUCAGCCAGUGUCCUAAAUCCUUAACUUUCAUUCCUUACAACAUUCACUGUAACCUGUAUGACCCUAAUUUCACAGGAAAGCGUACAAAAAGCAUCUUCUUCACUCAUGCCCUGGGGUGCUCUUCAAACAGGGUCAGUACUUAUUUUAAGCAAUCCUGCCUGAACCUGUAAUACUUACAAUUACAACAAAUACUUACUAACCUGCCUGCUGUAUGACCUUCUAUGCCUGAAUAUCAGUUCGGAUACCUGGUUCCUUAAAAGAGGUAAUAUCUUCUUAAAUGGAAAAUGAAAUGUCCCUCAGUCUCAUUGUAUGGGCAGGUUAAGCUAAAACUAUUUAUACUGUUACACAGGAAUAUCAUUGUACAGUAUGCAUCACAAUAUGUUCUGGUUAAUUUAAUAAAAUAAAAUCACUUGGGAUGAUGAAGUGUAUUUGGCCGUCAUUUAAUAAUAAUUACGUAUGGGAAACUAUACUGUAUUAUUAUCGAUGCCAAUCAUCUUCCUAGUGAGUCAUUGUUGAAAUUCUGGAGACUAAUUAAUUAAGCUUAACCUUGUAUAAUAACUAAAAAAUGUGGGCACACACUGCCUAUAUAGAAAUACAGGACUUAGUUUACAGACUAUAUAAGCUGCAUAUGUACAAUUCAUGUAAUGCUGCACACAAGGGAACAAGGAUAAUUAAAAAAAACUAGUGCAGGGUGUCUCUCAGUAAUGACAGUUUGCAAGAGAAGAAGAGAGUGGGUUGGACGAUCCAAAUGUACACAACAAAACUUAAACUGUAUAUUGAAAAAUAUCCAGGGGACUCAAACAUUACUGGGCUGGUCUCAGAGAUACAUAAACACGGACUUGAGUGGAAUGAAAAUGGACUCAAAUUGGAGUUGAAUGGAUUGGAUAGGAGUCAAAUGAAAUUGAAUGGAGGGAAUAUAAAUACAGAGAACUGCAAGGGAUGGACUCAACACGGACUGGACUGAAAAUAAAUAUCUGCACUACACUGUUGUAUCAUGUUACGCCUUACACGUUGGGCUGUAUAUAAACUGUACACUUUCUUUGGUGCUCUUACUGUAUGAUAAAUGCGCUGUGAACAACAAAUCCUUCGGUUCGAGUUGAAAUCGCAAGUAAUUGAGCUGCGUGCUGGGAUUUUGGUCAAGAAGACAGAUUACAGUUGUGUGUGGAAUACUUGAACGACGGUGGUGUGAAAAACAAACAAAAGAAAAUCAAUAAAGAGUUUCACUGAGAUGCCGUAUAGAGAUCGGCUGAAGCCCUGAGUGUUGUUAGACACAUAAAAUAAAAUGUGGUCACACUUUAUUUUACAGUAGGCUGUGGUUAAUAGGUUUUAAUGAGGUACAGACUUGAAUAGAUUAUCAAGCAUCUGCAUAUUUGUAUUAAUACAUCAGUAUAGGAAUACAAUUUAUUUUUGUUUUAUGUAACACAUUAACAGUGAGAUUAACUAUCAAUCGUUAACUUGGUCGUAACAGCAUAUUACUUAAUUACUAUCACAAAAAAGUGUCAAUACUGCAUUAGUAAAUUGUUCAUAUGACUACUUUUUAAGUGGUUUAUUGGAUAUCAAUUAUGUUUUUUUUUAUUUCUUAACUGUAAAACAAAGUGCUACCAUUAUUGUACAAUCAAAACGUAGCAAUCACAUAAUGCUAACUUUGUGUCAGGGACAAACAACUUCACCGUCAGGCUUUUAGCAAUAUGUAAUGUAUGUGACCAUCAAAUGUAUAUUUAAGAUCACUUUUUACAGGGUUCUCAGUUUAAAAUGACUUUAUGAACCAACGCAGGCUGCUAAUGUUAGCUUCGUUAGCUACCUAGCUACAGCUAAUGGAAUCAACAGAUCGUGUUCUUAGCACAUAGAAGAAAGAAAUCAGAGCCGUCUUUUCUACUUAUAUCUAUAAUGAAGGACCCAUUGUGUCAAUUGGAAGGUUAAUUGAAAAUCUGCCUCUGUCGUCAGCAUAUGUGCCAUGCAAGAAAAAGUUAGCUUAACUAGCGUAGCAACGACGACCUAAGAGGGUGAGUUUUCAUGGAUGGUAAAUUAACAGAAAAAAAAAUAAUUCUUCACUUAUAAUAACAUUGGCAGUUUCAUUACUUGGGUUUUUUAAGGAGAACCAAUGAAAUGUUUUUCACAGCGUGUACAUUUACAAGUGUAUUGUACUGUAAAUCUGUUUUCUUAAUCCUACCAAUCAGACCUGGGUCAAAACAACGUUCCACCCUCCUUCACAAUGUCUAACAACGCAGGUAAUUGAAGUUACGGUAAGUGUAUAAGAGGCAUCUCAGGAUGACUAAAAUGUACUUAAAAGCCAUUAAUGUGCUUGUUAACCGAAUAAAAGACAUGUUCCUAACAGUGUAUAGAACCAAAAUGGCUGCUGGUGAACUCUGUGAUGACCCAGGUGUGAUAUUCAGUGGUAUUCUGUAUAUUGCGAUGAAUCUUUUACAUACGGUUCUGCACUGCCAAACACCUUCUCUCUGUCUGUUUCUCGUGCUCUUGUGGUAGUAGCACACUAUCUCUGGGUGUCUCUCUCAGCGCGGAGGUCAGCUCGCCCUCAGCUCCAUCGACACAGGAUUUUACUACGAAUCAUAAAUCACAAAUGAUAUGACAGUGCCCAGGGCGAGUCAUACUAAAAAUAUACUCUGAGAGAGAAUCUGUGGAUGACGGGUGUUUUGUGUUUUUCCUGCCAUGGCUGGAGGCAACAACCCUUUAGCUUUAAUGAAGUGCAGUUUACGAGCUCCAAGAGAUCCAGGUAGGAUGCAGUUCCUCAAGUUAAUGGAGGAAAUGGGCAGAAGCACGGCAACACAAUACCCUGCAGCCGGUUUGACAACUAUUUUUAUUACCAUCAUUAUCAGGCUAUUGUGGGCCCUUGUGUAAACCUGUCCAGGGAUCUCAGUUGAUAUGCUCUAGCACUAGAUUAUAUUAUUAAAUCAAAAAGUUUUUUUAUGUCCAGUUCACUUUUGGUAACGUCAGGAUUUCCCCAUUUAUUUGAUGCGACAAGUGUUAGCUGACCUCCUGAAACUGAUUCUCUUUUUCUGCAUUUUUUCUGGAAGUAUAGCCCAUUCUAAAUGGCUCAGUGUGUAGUAACGUGGUUCAAUUCAAUAUUGAUGAAGUGAUUCUUGUUAAUCAGUCAGUGGGACGUUUAUUCUGAAUUUUGUGAGUAUCCUCUUCACUCUGAGCUAAUUGUGUCUGUAUUUGAUACCUGAAAAUGUAAGCACACAACCACUAUUGUCUCUAAGUCUAUAGUCACUGGUUUCUACAUAGCUUUUUAUAUAGCCAAAAACUGUCCCUUUGUUUAUCAGAGAACUUUAUCUUGAAAACUGUAUAUUAAAAC